AUGCCGACACGAAAACACCACAAGAAGCCCUCGCGCUCGCACCGCUCGACCCUCUCCCUCCAAAAAACCGAAAUCCUCAUCAACGUCUACGACCUCCUCCCCCCCGGCCGCGUAUCCACCAUCCUCUGGCACCUCGGCACCUCCCUCCUCCACUCAGGCGUCGUCAUCAACGGCAAAGAAUACGCCUACGGCGGCCACGACCGACGCGGCCUCACGGGCGUGUACUGGACCAAACCGCGCACCGACCCCCCCGGCGGCACGUUCCGUUGCGAGUACCUGCACGGCUUCACGCUAGCGCCCGAAGCCGAGCUCGAAGGGAUCAUCCGCGAGGCGAGCGAAGAGUUCUUGGGGACCGCGUAUAACUUGCUCACGCGCAACUGUAACCAUUUCACGUCGUUUCUGUGCGAGCGGCUGACGGGUGAGCCGGCGCCGGCGUUUUUGAACCGCGCUGCGAGUAUCGGUGUGGCGCUGCCGUGUGUGGUGCCCAAGGACUGGAUCCAGGUGCCGGAUUUUGAUACGGCAGAUGGCGGGGUGCUGGAUGAGGAGGAUGAGAGCGGUGGUGGGUAUGAGAGCGAACGGGCUAGGAUGCUGAGGUCGUCGGAGGACCUGCCUAGGUUGGUGGGCGUGGAUACACAGCGGUCGAGGUCGUCGGAGUCGGGGUUUGGGUCGGAGUGGGACAGUGACGAGGAGCGGCAGCAGGGUGGUACCGGGAAGGGCAAGGGCAGAGCUAGGGACUCGGCUGGCCGCGUGCUACCCGCUGCUGAGCGGGCGCCAACUUCCUGA